GGAAAUGUGAUAAAUGAUACGAGACAUAUUGCAUGAAUAAAGAACAUUGGGUUAACGAUGAAUAUAAGGCAAUGGAGGCAGUGAGGGGCUGGAUUUCGAUGACAUCGAUGAAAAACAAGUUAUCAUCUAUGUACGUACAUGGUACCUAUACCGAUGAGUAGUACUGGAGGCAACUACGGAAUAUGAAUAAACAACGGGGCCUUACAGUGAAAUGCGAGCUAUGGAUUCAUAAUCUGAUAUGAAGAAUGAUGCUAAAGAACUAUGAAUAAACAGUACUAGUGAAGGAGGAGCAUGAGGCAAGUAACAGAGAGGAAGGCAGGUAAAGCAGAGUAGAGGGCGUCAGUCACCUGUCUGCUCGUCACCUCCGGGGGUAGGUAAACAAACCCCAGCCAGCAACUAAAGACCAACCCAACCUUCCUCUCUGCCUGUUAUCAAGCUGUUAGUGCAAAUGGAGGCAGUGAAAUAAUGAUUAGCUGUGCUGGAGUUGUGCCAUAAAGGACCUGAGGCAAGAUGUGUGGGGAGCGCUGCCGCUUGUUGUGUGCCCAGUGGCGGCUGUGGAUUAGGCCACUGGUGUUCGUGCUCUAUGGCAGCAUCAUUCUGGGCUUAAUGCCAUACCUCAUAUACACUCUGAUUCAACAUGACAUGGAUGGUUUCACCAUAGCAUGGCUGAUUGGUGGAAUAUUUGUGUUCAUGGCCAUCCCCAUCACACUGUGGGAGAUUGUACAGCAUCUCAUCAACUACACUAAACCCAAGCUACAAAAGCAUAUCAUCAGAGUAUUAUGGAUGGUACCUGUGUAUGCUCUUAACGCUUGGCUGGUGCUCGGUUAUCCCAACUUAGCCCCAUAUUUGGACACUGCACGAGAGUGCUAUGAGGCUUAUGUCAUCUAUAAUUUCAUGAUGUUUCUGUUAAAUUUCCUGGAUGAUGAAAUGGAUUUGGAUGCCACAAUGGAAAGUAAGCCCCAGACAAGUCACUUCUUCCCACUGUGCUGCCUCAAGCCGUGGCGUAUGGGAAGGGAGUUUAUUCAUCGCUGCAAACACGGGAUCCUUCAGUACACUGUGUUCCACCUGAUGACCACCUUCAUUGCCUUUGUGUGUGGCCAGGCUGGAGUGUAUGAAGAAGGAAAACUCUCUCCCAAGAAUGCAUUUGUGUAUCUGUUUGUGGUGAACAACCUGUCACAGUUUGUGGCCAUGUAUUGCCUGGUGCUCUUCUACAAGGCCAUGAAGAGGGAGUUGGACCCCAUGUCUCCACUGGCAAAGUUUCUCUGCAUCAAAGCUGUUGUCUUCUUCUCAUUCUUUCAAGGUGUGGCCAUCAUGUUUCUGAUGAAAGCACAGUUCAUGCAUGACAUUUUUGGCAUCAAUUCUGGAGACCCUGAUGUAGAUGAGGACAAGGAGAGGGAAGACUCAAGUAUUAUCCAGAACUUCCUAAUCUGCAUUGAGAUGUUCAUAGCAGCAGUGGCACAUCACUAUGCCUUCUCCUACAAACCUUAUGUUGAUGAGGAGUAUGAGACAGGGAAUUGCUGCCACACAUUCCUCCUUAUCUGGGACAUUUCAGACGUACGCUCAGAUCUUCGGGAGCAUGUCUAUGUCGUCAGUGAAGGCAUGAAGCGGAGACUAACCUCCCGGGGUUCAGGGUGGCCAGGGGGAACCUCCAGCAUGAGCCACGGCAGUAAUGGCGAUGAACACACAAGACUUAUUGAUCCCCACUCACACUCCGGCCGCCACUACCACCACCGCCACCACCACCAUGACGCAGGUCAUGGCCACCGUUACAUGUCCACCUCAGACUCAGAGCAUGACAUCAUCAUCCAGCAGGGAGAGGAGUCAGACCAAGAUGACAUCAAGGCUAUCUGACACCCAAGUGCCCCUCGGCCCGGCACUGUGGUGUGAGGGUGAGGGACCUCCGAGGGACACUGUGGUGUGGGGCGAGGGAAGGAGUGCUGUGUGGGAUGUCAUCUGAGCUGUAGUGACGCUGCUAAUGCUGGAAUGCUCAAGGCUUGGAAGUAUUGUUUGUGCAAGAAUUAAUAGCUUGUGUUCAUGAGUACCUUACACAUGAGUUUCAUGUUAUUAUUUAUUAGUUUGAAGCUUGUGUUUAUUAUUUAUAUCUACUGGGAAAGGGCCACAAAAUAUUCAGCUUAAGUUAUUGUUAUUCAAGUGUGCUGUGUUCUUGCCAACUUUAUUGAUAAGUUUCUGGUUUCAUCUAUAAGGAUGUUAUAUAUUAUAUUGCCUUAGAAUUAAACCGCUCCGUAUCACUCACUUUGCAUAACAAGAUGCCACUUUAAAAUAUAAUUUCUGAUGCAUUUCUUGGGCAUAUAUUCUGUUCCAAAUGAUAUUCACAUGUUGCCUCGCUCAUGCACCUUUUUCCUGCUUGAGCAAAGAAAAGAAAAAAAAAAGAAAAGAAAAACUGUCUAGUUGCCUUCUUUACUUUAUCUAUCUAUAUUAUCAGUCUACUAAUAUUUGACACCUUUUCCUCAGAACUUCCCUUGGGGGAUGACCAGGACAGGAAAAUGUCUUGGCAUUCCCCCCUUGCAUGCUCCACUCCUCUCAUUGUCUUUUCUCCCCGUCCUCUCUCAUACUCUCAUUCUCUGUCCUCCUGUUUCACUGGAGGUCUUGCAUCCACUGUGUCAUGCUCACAUACACUCUCCUGAUCAUCUCUUUGUUGUUUUUCUGUUUCCCGUGUGGCCAGACCACCUUCAUGUGCUGGGCUUUAGUUCUGUCUCUGCUUACUGGAAGUGUUCUGCUUAGAUAUAACCUCUCACAUUGAACCCUUUAUAUUUCCACUUGAGGCUUGGUGAUAACUGAUCUCGGUACCAAAGAAAGAAUUGCACUGUAAUUAUUAAGCAUUUUCAGUGUGGUGAUAUGUGUUAAUAAAAUAUAUGUAUAUAAUAUAGUGUUAUAGAAGCAAAGAAUUCAGAAGAGAUAGUAUAAACCAGAGUUUUAUUUCAUGCAGGGAUUAGAUAAACUUGCUUGUAAAGUUACUUCUCUUACAUUUAUAUAUAUAUAUAUAUAUAUAUAUAUAUAUAUAUAUAUAUAUAUAUAUAUAUAUAUAUAUAUAUAUAUAUAUAUAUAUAUAUAUAUAUAUAUAUAUAUAUACUUAUUAUGACAGUAGAAAUAAUUGUGAUGGAUUCUGUCAUGAUAAAGCAUCACUUUAAUGAGAAAUGUGUGUUCAUAAGAGGCUGCCACUUGAAGACUGUGUACUAAUACAUACAAAAAAAUUAAAUGGAAGCAUAACCAUUGUCAGUGUGGAGCAUUUUGUGUGCAGUAGAGAACAUAUAGACGACGUACUUCUCAUGUACCUAAUUCGACUUAUACUGGGGACUAAGGCAUACACAUUACCAGCUUGGAUGUGUGUCUGCUGUAAGUAAGACUGAUACUGCUGCAUUAAGUACAGUUAGGAAUUUAUCCAAGGGAACAGCACCAGCAGUAGCACCCUUGUAAACUUGAAAGUAAUUGCUUUUUUGAUACAAUUGAAGUCUAGUCAGACCAAGAGCAGGAAUACUAGAGACAAAAUAGUAGCUGCAGGAUGGAUCUCAGGGGACAGGUGCCACUCUCUGCUUGGUUGGUGCUGCUGUUUAGGGUACUGUUGUGUAACCUGCUCUCACUCCCACUGUAUUUGUGUUGGUUUCCUCAGGCAGUCCAGUGCAUAUUCUAUCAAUCAGAUUUUAUAUGGAGAUUGUCAGUAGUCCAAAGUCUCCUCAGCCAAUUGACUAAUGUGUAUCUGUCACCCAGUAUAAGGUUAUCAGUAUGUCAGAGUAUGCAAAACUGAGGUGAGUAACAAGAUAGUGGAAGUGAGUGCAAGAGGUCACUACAGGUAUGGUGGAUAUGUGGACUGCAAUUAUUAUCCUCUUUUUAUUUAUUUGUGUCCAAAGUUAUGUGCAAAUCUUAUUCAGAUGAUCUGACUUUAUGAGUGAGUGGAAAGAAAAAAGUUACAGAUUGAAGGUCGCCACUUGAAUCCAUUGGUAGAUAUUUACAAAUACCCUUAGCAGGAAGCUGUACCUCACCUCACCCUUGCCACUUGUGCUCCUGUAGUGUGAGAUCUGCCCCAGCUCUGUGAGUGUGCAUAAAUUUCUUGUGGUCUUGACACCAGAUUUGUUUUCAUGAUGGCACACAACACUUUUCAUAUUCCUUGACCAGCACAACAUGAAAUGAAGUUAGUGAUAUGGGAAGAUACAGGAUGAAGUAGUAGUACAGUACAUCCUCUAGAAAAGUAAAGAAUUCAUCCUUCAUUUUCUUAUACCAUUAAUUCCUGAUAGUCUCAUCCUCUGUUGGUGACAUGAAAUGCUUCCCAUAGCUAUUGUGUAGUGUUGGUGUUUAGUUUGGUUCAGUCUAAUCUCCUGUGAAGGUGCCAGUAGGAUUUGGCACUUAGAGGUGACAAAGCAGGCAGAAUUGUGGUGAGAACUAUGAUGAAUUUUUAUAAAGUUGAUGCAUCGCCACCAUGGCAAAGAUUGACUAGCUCAUGUUUCCUGUUUGUUUCCCCAGGAUUCCAAGUCAAGGCAGCUCAGGUUUUGCAGUAACAGUCAGGCUUUAAUUUUUAUGAAGACUGUGAAAGCUGCAGAGGAGAAAAAUAGCAAUCAAAGUGUUCAAAGAUUAAAUCAGCUUUUGAAAAUGAAAGUGUAAGCUGUGAAAAAAAAACAUGGAGAUAUUUACUUGUAAAGGUGUUCAAAGAUUAAUUUAACAUAUACAAGUUAUAGAGGGAAGAAAAUGCUAAUAAAAUGUAAAGACUUUUUCAAUUUUUUGGAAAUGGUAAAGAUACACUAUGAUCUUUAAUGUUAGAAUGAUGUGUUGUGUGUGGCAGUUGUUCUUCACACCUAACAAUAGAACAGCAUUUCUUCCAGCUAUGUGACCUGUCUUACUCGAGAGUACAUGUUUGUUAGCUUAAGACGGCCUUUAUAAUACAUGCUUUGAUGGAUAACAUGGAUAACAUCGUAGCAUUUAACAGUAGCACGGACCAGUAAAUAUGUAUUAUGUGUAGGCAGGAAUGGACAGUAUAAACAAUUCCUCCUUGCAGUCAUCACCUGUGCAUUUGUUAGUGUACAAGAGAUAAAAGAAGUACUAGGCUGUGCUCUUAAGAAAUGUCCCUUUGAAAAUAAAUGUCUUGCCUUCAACACUUAAAAAGACAUGU